AUGAUGGAAUAUGCAAAAACGCGCAAAGGACCGCUGCCUGGAGGUCGCCAGGGCGCGUCUGGAGCUGGCGCUGGACGCGACAGCAUGCGAACCGCCAGCCGAGCGAGAGGUGCUGCACGACCACCCAUCAGCCCCUCGCAUCCAUCAUCCCCACCAGCUGGCUUGGUGUCGGCAGGGUCUUCGCGGGCCCAGCAAUCGGCACCCGCCACUGGUGGAGUACGCCGCAUGCGAUGGACAACCGAAAUGAAUACUAACGCAUUGCGGGCGUAUUUUAGGGCGAAAGGGGGAGAAGUUGGAGGUUUGGCGUAUCGGGCUAGGAUGCAUCGUCUUUUUGCUGAGCUGGAGCCAUCUUUAACCGUCUCAGAGCAAAACCUGGCAGACCGGGUUCGGUAUAUCUUGCGCUCAAAUAUAUUUGAUGUCGCCGAACUCGCACGACUACGACGUGAGGCUGUUCCCUCAUCGGAUGAAAAUGCUACGGCUGAGGAUGCGGCGCCACAAAUUGCAGAGCAACCCGCAAACGUGAAUGCCGCCGUGAAUACCCCAGUUGUGGUUGAUUCAAACGAUGAUGGAACAGUCGCCCAGGAACUGGAAUUAGAGCAUAUGAGGAGUACAUUGGAAGAGGCGAUUGUGGAAACGCGCAGUACGCCUUUCGAAAAUCGACCGCGACUUCCCCGCAUAGCCCUAAGCAAGCGGAAUCGGGCUGUCGUGAGGGCUCUGAACCCAAUGCUGGUGACCUAUUUGGAAGCCAGCCGGGACCUUUGCGAGACGGACUCAAUUCUUUUUGGCGCCGCACUGGCAGUGUGCCGUAUUAUAGGCGCCAAACUUUCCACGGCUGGACGCGCUACCGGACAAAGUAGCGCUAUCCCAGCCUGGAGAAUAAGAAUUGAAGAACGUAUCGCAAAGGCUAGGGCCCUCAUCGGCAGACUGAUACGCUUCAGGUCAGGCAACAACAGGCCAAGGAUUGUGCGCACCGUCAGGAUGGCAUUUGCUGGGACAAAUGUUAGUUUGUCCCAGCCGAAUAUAAUGCAAAAACUGACGGAGCGCAUAAACGACCUGAAGCAGAGAAUCGCUGCUUGGGGAAAGCGGAUUCGGCGAUAUACCGAGAGGUCGACACGGUUUAACCAGAAUCGUCUCUUCCAGAGUGAUCAGAAGAGGCUCUAUAAAUCGUUGGAGCGACCAAUGGUAAGUGGAACGGGCCCAGCACCGAAUCAGGCCGACACUGUAGCAUUCUGGCGCGGCCUGUGGUCAGAGCCCAUAAACCACAGCGAGGGCCCUUGGACGGAAGUUGUGGCGAGUCAGUGUGCGAGUAUAACGCCCUUGGACCCCGUCAUUAUAACACCUGAUUACGUAGCUGAGGCGGUCCGUAGGGGCCCGAACUGGAAAAGUCCGGGACUCGACGGGCUGCAUCACUACUGGCUGAAGGGGUUUGUGGUGUGUCACACUGUGCUCGCCCGACAGUUCCAAGAAGCUCUCAACCAGAAGUCGCUCCCGAGCCUCUUCACUACUGGGAUCACGCAUUUGGUUCCUAAAGACCAGUAUUUGUUCUUUUUAUGGCUCAAACGAAGCAGAUAUCCAGAUUUUUUAGAAUUAGAAGCUCGUGAUUAG